UGAAACCUUGUUUGCGCAACAAUCAGCGCCGCGGAGCCGCCAAAGUGUCUAGACUGGCAUAUGAUGGGAGGCAGCCAAUGACUCCACGGCGCUCCUCCGGGGGCCCUCAGUGUGCGUUUGAGGAGAACAAAAAAGAGAGAGAGAGAGCAGAGCUGGGGAGCGAUCGAGGGAACGGAGCCGAGAGAAAGAGCCGCCGGGCGCUGCCUCGCCAGACCUCGCAGGGACCGCGGGGCCACGGGGAGGCACUUUUGUGGAGGGGGGAGGGGGGCAGACCUCGGCAGCCGCGGCGCCCUGAGCGUCCGAGCGCAGCGUGGGGCAGGCUGCGACCUCUGCCUCUGUGGAUUGCAUUUUUAAUUAAGGAUUCCCAGCAGCUCUUUGGGAUUUUUACAGCUUCCACUCAUGUGUUGACACCCGCGUUCUGGAGAAACUCGCUCCAAGUGCAUCUAGCUCCUGGGACCCGAGACGGAGUUGGCCUUUCGUGCAUGCAAAUCCAGGGAUUUGGGUUUUGUUUGGGAUUUCUUUUUCUUUCUUUUCCUUUUUUUUUUCUUCUUUUUGCAGGGAGUAAGAAGGGAGCUGAGGAUAUCAACAAGCCUGUCUUUUGGAUCCUGCAGGAAAAGCGCAUGUAGUUUGCGCUAGGGUUUUAAAGGCAGGACUUUCCAGACGCAUUUCGGGGUUCGGCGCGAGCACUUUCUGCUGAUGGGCCAGCCGCGCAACUUUUGAAGGCUCGCCGGCCCAUGCGGGGUCUCUCUGGCGGCGCGCCGCCUGCAGCCCCCUGGAAGCGCGGGGGCUGGAGUUGUUGAGCAGCCCAGCCGCCGCGGUCCAUGUAGCCGCUGGCCCGCCGCGGACUGCGGCUCGGUGCGCGCGUUCCCCGCCGUCCCGCCCGGCUUGCUCCCUCAUGUUGCAGCCCUGCGGCGCCCCUUCGACGACAGGCUGUGCGCGGUCUGCACGGCGCUCCUCGGCGGAGCUUCAUGUGGGGCUGCGGCCCGCGCAGCCGGCGCCUCGCUGAGGGAACGGACCCCCGGUAACCGGAGACCGCCUCCCCCCCACCCCCGGCGCCAAAGGAUAUCGUAUGUUCAGGUCCAAACGCUCGGGGCUGGUGCGGCGACUUUGGCGAAGUCGUGUAGUCCCCGACCGGGAGGAAGGCGGCAGCGGCGGCGGUGGCGGCGGCGGCGAGGAUGGGAGCUUGGGCAGCCGAGCUGAGCCGGCCCCACGGGCACGAGAGGGCGGAGGCUGCGGCCGCUCCGAAGUCCGCCCGGUAGCCCCGAGGCGGCCCCGGGACGCGGUGGGACAGCGAGGCGCCCAGAGCGCGGGGAGGCGCCGGCGCGCGGGCGGCCCCCCGAGGCCCAUGUCGGAGCCGGGGGCCGGCUCUGGGGGCUCCCUGCUGGACGUGGCGGAGCCGGGAGGCCCGGGCUGGCUGCCGGAGAGCGACUGCGAGACGGUGACCUGCUGUCUCUUCUCGGAGCGGGACGCCGCUGGCGCGCCGCGGGACGCCAGCGACCCCCUGGCCGAGGCGGCCCUGGAGCCGGCGGGCGGCGGGCGGAGUCGCGAAGCUCGCUCGCGGCUGCUGCUGCUCGAGCAGGAACUCAAAACGGUCACGUACUCGCUGCUGAAGCGGCUCAAGGAGCGCUCUCUGGACACGCUGCUGGAGGCGGUGGAGUCCCGCGGCGGCGUGCCGGGCGGCUGCGUGCUGGUGCCGCGCGCCGAUCUCCGCCUGGGCGGCCAGCCCGCGCCGCCGCAGCUGCUGCUCGGCCGCCUCUUCCGCUGGCCCGACCUGCAGCACGCCGUGGAGCUGAAGGCCCUGUGCGGCUGCCACAGCUUCGCCGCCGCCGCCGACGGCCCUACAGUGUGCUGCAACCCCUACCACUUCAGCCGGCUCUGCGGGCCAGAAUCACCGCCACCCCCCUACUCUCGGCUGUCUCCUCCUGACGAGUACAAGCCACUGGAUCUGUCCGAUUCCACAUUGUCUUACACUGAAACGGAGGCCACCAACUCCCUCGUCACCACUGCUCCGGGUGAAUUCUCAGACGCCAGCAUGUCUCCGGACGCCACCAAGCCGAGCCACUGGUGCAGCGUGGCGUACUGGGAGCACCGGACGCGUGUGGGCCGCCUCUACGCGGUGUACGACCAGGCCGUCAGCAUCUUCUACGACCUACCUCAGGGCAGCGGCUUCUGCCUGGGCCAGCUCAACCUGGAGCAGCGCAGCGAGUCGGUGCGGCGAACGCGCAGCAAGAUAGGCUUCGGCAUCCUGCUCAGCAAGGAGCCCGACGGCGUGUGGGCCUACAACCGCGGGGAGCACCCCAUCUUCGUCAACUCGCCCACGCUGGACGCGCCCGGCGGCCGCGCCCUGGUCGUGCGCAAGGUGCCGCCCGGCUACUCCAUCAAGGUGUUCGACUUCGAGCGCUCGGGGCUGCUGCAGCAGGGGCCCGAGCCCGACGCCGCCGACGGCCCCUACGACCCCAACAGCGUCCGCAUCAGCUUCGCCAAGGGCUGGGGGCCCUGCUACUCCCGGCAGUUCAUCACCUCCUGCCCCUGCUGGCUCGAGAUCCUCCUCAACAACCACAGAUAGCGGUGGGCGCGGAGGCGAAGGCCCCGGCGGAGGGGCGGGCGAGCGGGGAGGCCGCAGCCGCUGUCACCUGCUCACCUCGAGGGGCCGAGGCCCAGAGACAUAGCCCCACGGACGAAACCCCCCAAAUAUCAUCUACCUAGAUUUAAUAUAAAGUUUUAUAUAUUAUAUGGAAAUAUAUAUUAUACUUGUAAUUAUGGAGUCAUUUUUACAAUGUAAUUAUUUAUGUAUGGUGCAAUGUGUGUAUAUGGACAAAAACAAGAAAGACGCACUUUGGCUUAUAAUUCUUUCAAUACAGAUAUAUUUUCUUUUCUUUUCCUCCUUUCUCUCUUCUUUAUGUUUUUUUGUUUUUGUUAUGGUUUUUUUAAGAAAAUGAUACAGCAGAGCUAGGUGGAAAAGCCUGGGUUUGGUGUAUGGUUUUUGAAAUAUUAAUGCCCAGACAAAAAGCUAAUACCAGUCACUCGUUGAUAAUAAAGUAUUCGCAUUAUA